GUUCAUACAAGUGAAGCUGUAACAUGUCCACCAGAGAAUGAAGAAUUUGUUACUUUGAUUCCAAAUCCGUUGGACUGUACAACCUUUUACAUAUGCGAUAAAGGCGUAGCGUAUUUGAGGAAGUGCAGUCCCGGACUUCACUUCAACCCUGUGGAGAAAGUAUGCGAUUGGCCCGAACAUGCAAACUGUGAGCAAAACCCACCGACCGAAUCACCCGAAACUACGGCCGCAACCGAAGUUCCGACCGAAUUACCCGAAACCACGCCCGAAAUCGAAGCUACGACCGAAACUGCGCCCGAAACCGAAGCUACGACCGAAACUGCGACCCAAAGCGAAUCUACGUUCGUACCUGAACUUACGACCGAAUCUGUGACAAUAUAACCUACCAAAGUAAUAGAUGUUUAACAUAAAAUUAUACUGUUCAUAACAUUACAAUUAACAACAAAUAAUUAUGUACGUCUGAAUGUAAUAAAUACAUUGCGCAUA